GGUAUUAUAUACCUCCCUCCCCAUUCUCCGCCUCUUUGCUAUUCCUACGCCUAUGCCUGGGUUUGUUUGGUUUUUUUUUUUUUUCUCCCAUGCAAAUUCCCGGCAAAGGGGCAGCGCGAACGUGAGAAUGCCUUGGCCCCUUUCCUUGGUCAGGAGAGAAGAGCUUCGCCCCAGAUUAGGUGGGGCUUGGAUUUCUCGCGGCGAGAACCAUCUCUCCUCCUCCUCCUCCUCCUCCUGCUGCUGCGGCAGAAAGUUCCCCUCCUUUUCCUUCCUGGAAGGGGGGGGAAAAGGAAAAUAAAUGACCAAACAUACAAAUAUAUAUAUAUAUAUAAAUCUCCUUGAAAUCUGGCCUCUAGGCGAAGGCAAGCGGGACGCUUCUUGGGUGGAGGGAAUACGCCCCUCCCGCGUGCAGGGGCGGCGGGCUCGGUCUUCUUUUCCCUCGUAGGCAUUCGAAGGAGGGCAUGAGCCCCUUCGCCGGGCGCGUUAGGCGAUGGAUUCCCGCACCGCCAAAUCCCUGGGCUGCUUUUUCUGGCCGCUGCUCGUCUGCCUGCCGCUGGCCCAAGGAGCUGAUUGCAAACCUGGUUGUCAUCCAGUGAAUGGAUUUUGUGAAGUUUCCAAUGAAUGCAGAUGCCGACCUGGUUGGCAAGGCCCUCUCUGUGAUUGGUGUGUUCCUUUCCCAGGCUGUUUGCAUGGGACAUGUGUCAAACCAGGCCAGUGCAUGUGUGAAGAAGGAUGGAUUGGUAGCCGCUGUGACACAGUUGUUCAUCCUUGUUCUUCUAAUCCUUGUUCAAAUUACUCAAAGAAUUGCAUCGAGACUGGAAAUGGUGGAUACACUUGCUUGUGCGCUCACGGCUAUAUGGGAAAAAACUGUCAUAUGAAAAAGGGACCCUGUAUUGUUAAUGGCUCGCCUUGUCAAAAUGGAGGAAGUUGUUUGGACGAUGACGGGUUUGCACCUUACGCGUCUUGUGUGUGCUCUCCAGGAUUUACUGGACAGUUUUGUGAGCUUGAUAUUGAUGACUGUGAACCAAACCCGUGUGAAAACAGAGGCACGUGCACAGAUAUUGGCAAGAGCUUCCACUGCUCUUGUCCAAUUGGCUAUGGAGGCGUGUUGUGCAGCAACCGCAUCCCAGCUUGUGAUAGUAGCCCUUGUGAAAAUGGUGGGACAUGUCAUGGACACCGUGGCAGAGGCUUCAUGUGUAUUUGCAAACCAUACUUUGCUGGGCCCACCUGUAGUUUUUCCAUUAGAAACACAAGUGUGAAUGUGAUGGCUAAACAAAGACAGAAUCAGAAUCACCACCUGCAUUUGAGAGGGCACCUUAAACCAGCUCAGCUGCAAGAGAAGAAAAUACUGACCAUAAAAGAGACAAUUGAAAACAGGCAGUCCUUGCUCACUAAGAGUCAGGUGAUCUGCUUCAUGGUCCUAAGCUUUCUUACAUGUCUUGUUGUUUUGGGUACAACUGGAAUUAUAUUUUUCUCUAAAUUUGAAGUAUGGCUAGCCAAUGCCAGAUACAGCCAUUUACUGCGCAAGGAGAGGGAUUGCUUUCUAAAAGCAAAUGAUGAUGAAAAUGUUUCUGUGAAUAUAAUAUUUCCUGAGAAGAUUAACCAGAGUAACGAGUAGUCUGUGUAUCUAAAUCCUUUUAUUUAGCAAGGACACCUCAAGUUCUAUACGUGUCAGGGUCAUAGAUCCAUUUUUAUUUUUACCUGUGACAAAAAUUCUGGCUUUGGACCAGUUGACAAAAAAGAGAGGUGCUCUGCUUUUGCCAGAGAAAUACUCGUUUCCCAAACAUGUUUUCUAGUUAAAUUCUUUUGUGAACCAGGAUUGCAUAAACUUUUGGGGACUGAAGGUUACAUUUAGCCCUUGAGUAAAAGCUAGGAAUGCAAAACAGAAGAGUCUGGCCUACUUUAAAAAAAUAAUGUAAGUUUUAGUUUAUUUAGUUAAUUAACUAUAAUGUAAUUACUCCUCAUGCAUUUAAUAUCAUUUCCAUUCUCUAACAUUUUAAAUUCAGCAGCAACUUUUUUAGGGGCUUUGAAGAUCACACCAGGGCUUGUUUGAGGGAAGGGAUAUUAUGUGCCAAUGUUUACAGACCUAUGACACUUAAUUUAGGUUGUAAUCCUACAUUAUAUACCUGGAAAUAAGUUCCAAUAUACUUUGUGGAGUUUGCUUCUGAACAGGCACAUACACCAUUGAAUUAUUGUUAUUGUAAAUAAAAAGUCAAUACAAUAUUCUUAAUUAAGAUAGCUAUUGUCAUAUUAUGUGCUAUGUUUGGCAACUGUGAUAUUUCUAAAUGAAUUUCUAAUGCUUAUUUUGAAUAAAUAGUUAUUAAGGGCUACACAAAUCAAACUGUAGGAGUAAUUGUUUUCUUUUGAUAAUGUUAAUUUAUAUAUUUUCCUCAAUUUGGGCCAAAUAUUUUCCAGUUGAAACAGUGAGAAAAUAAUGUCCAUAUCAUCAGACACAUGGCUAGAAGCAUUUGGUAGAUCAGAGCAAAGUUUUACAACCCUGGCAAUUCUAAAAUGGAUAGAUUUCAACUCCCAGAAUUUCCCAGCCAGCCUUGUUGGCUGAGAAAUUCUGGGAGUUGAAGUUCGCAUGUCUUGAAAGUUGACAAGAUUGAGAAAUAUUGGAUCAGCACAUCAGUGUCUGCAAUUCAACAUUCUAUAUUGAUCUCAGUGGUCAACCAGUAGCCAACCUCAGGUUAAUUAGAUGCUGAAUUCAAAGCUGAUAUCUCUUCCAUUAUUGUUCCCUGGCAGCUGGUUAAUCAGUAGCAUACUACUCUCCAAAUAAAAAGAUGCAAUGACCAGUAAUGAAAAGACUACGUAUAUAUGGUACUUUUAAAGUUAUCCCACUAUAUCCCCUGCAAUAAACCAUGGCCUAGUGAUUAGUGCAUGAGAUUGGGUCUGCGCUCAACUAUAUAUCUGAUCGGGUGAUUCUAGGCCAUAGCUAUCUUGCCAUCCAAGGUAUCUCACAAAGUUGAUACUGAGGUAAAAAAGAAGUUAAUCCCAAUGUACUUAAGGUCUGAAGUAAAGUGGGACAAAAUAAAGAAAAACUAAGCUAAA